AUGUUAUUGUUAUGUCUGUGUUUGGUUGCGAUCACGGAUGAGGUGAUGCCCUCAAUGGUGGGCACCAAUGGCAGUCAGGACUCAAAGCCAUUUGUGAUCAUUACGUGGGACUUCUUGAACGCCACACAAAAUGCGUGGAAGCAGUUGUCGAGCGGGGGCUCAGCGGUCGACGCCGUGGAGAGCGCGGGUUCGACUUGUGAGAGGGAUCAGUGCGACCAUACGGUGGGAUGGGGUGGCAGUCCCGACGAGAACGGAGAAACCACUCUCGACUCCAUGAUUAUGGAUGGGCCAACCCUUAAUGUCGGAGCCGUCGCCGGUUUGCGGCGCGUGAAGGACGCGAUAUCUGUGGCCCGACGUGUCCUAGAGAACACAGAUCACAGUUUCUUAGUGGGAGAAAUGGCCACAGAGUUUGCAAAACAAAUGGGCUUCAAAGAGGAGAGUCUGGACAGCGAAUGGUCACAAAAAACUCAUAACGACUGGAAGGCCAACAAAUGUCAGCCAAACUUCUGGCUCAAUGUUAUGCCCGACCCUAAGAAUAGCUGCGGUCCGUAUAAACAGGUCAAAAGAGAUGUACCGAAUACAGGCAAACAUCUAAUCAAUCGUGAGAAUCACGACACCAUCGGAAUCGUUGCCAUGGAUCGGAACGGGAGUCUAGCGGUCGGCACUUCUACUAAUGGUUUGCGUCACGCAAUUUCGGGUCGAGUGGGCGACAGCCCUAUUCCGGGUGCCGGCGCUUAUGUGGACCAGCAAGUUGGCGGCGCCGCUGGCACUGGAGAUGGAGACAUAAUGAUGAGAUAUCUUUUAACUUAUCAGGCGGUGGAGUUUAUGAGAAUGGGAUUGGCUCCACAGCAAGCGGCAGAGGAAACGCUUAGGAGAAUUCUCAAGAGAGCCCAUCGCAGCCAUAUAGCAGCCCUUGUGGUGGCUGACAAAAACGGCCAAUAUGGUUUGAAAAGUUACUAUUUCUACAUCAAACUAAUGGGUAUUGUAUUGCAGGCGCCGCGUGUAUUAACGUUGUCGGAGGCUUCCCUUACUGUGUGA